AGCCUGCAGAGUGAACUGACGGAUGGGCGGAUUGUGGCUGUGAUAGAGACGUUCAGAGACUCCACUCAAACUGUCAGAAAACACACCAAACGAGAUGGCAGAGCUGGACUUGAGUCUGAGCGACGCCCUAACGGACAGCAUUCCCCAGCAGGGCCCGGAGAGCCUGGUGGAAAGGGACUUCGUGGCUCAGCUGGAGGCGGAGACCUUCGACGACCAGGUGAAGGAGACGGUUGGAAAGACGGACUUUAUCCCUUUACUGGAUGACGACGGCAAGACAGAUGCUGUUACUGCAUUGGAGAAUGGAGAGCAGGAAACUCAUGGGGUACAAAAGCCCGGUUUCUCCCAGCCUGGAGGGAUAGGCAUGAAUGUGGAGGUGGGAGCUGCCCCCCUGCACACAGAGAGGCCCCCAAGUAUAGCCGAGCCCCAGCAUGCCACGCCUCCAGCAGGGGCAGAUGUCCCUAUGCAGGCUCCUCACAACCCCACAGAUCUGUCCACAGGUACUUUAGGCGACACCUGGACAGAGCAAACCGGCUGCCUUUCAGCAGACCCUCCUUUUACUCCAAGUAUCUCCAUGAUGUUCUCAAAGCAAGCCAGCCAACUUGCAGCCAGUCCCGAGGAAACCCCUGACAGCUGGCCUGGCCGUGAGAGCGCAGCGUAUGCCGGCGGCGAUGAAAGGGACAUGGAUGGAUCAGACCGAAAGCAGAAGAGGAAGAAGAAAAGGCGACAAAAGGAUGAAGGAUCUUAUGAACACCCCGAUGGUCAAGCCCAGCUGGAGGUGCAGGCACAGGGAGAAAAUACCCCCCCAGCAGAGGGUUUCUAUCACAGGAUCGGCCCGCGGAGGGAUAGAGGAGACGGUGGCUGGGAGGAGCAGCUUGGAAAGAGCGGAGGCCGGGGGAAGAGGAGUAAAAACAGGAAAAAGAUUCCUGAAGAGUGGGCAGUGAUGGCAGAACCGUUUGUUCCCUCAUCUGUAGCGACCUCUCAGAUGACGGAGGAAGCAGUGAUGGAUCAGGAGAGUUCGGCUCAGACCAGCCUGGAAGCCUCUUUAACAGGCAGCCAAAGCCCAUGGGAAAAGGAGGUGGAGUCAGAAAGAGGCUUGUCCCACGAUGUGUUCAGUCCACUUGUCUUGAACAGUGAUCUGAAAGCUACAGCAGCUCCAUUCACUAUGCCGCCAGUGGUCGACUCCUUCCCACAACCUCCACCCUCAGGAGAUCAGUUUGAUCUUUUGAUGGACACGAGUCUAGGCCACAGCAACCAGGCCUUCUGUCCACCUUUCUCUCUAGAGAAAGAAGCAUCAGGAGUCACGGUGGACAGCAGGAUGUUUGACAAACCCAGCUCCUUCCAAGAAUCUUAUACCAGAGGCAAUCCUGAAGGAGACACGUCAGCUUUCAGCCCUGCUUCCCAGUCAAGCUACUCCCCAAAAGGUGAGGUGUUGGCUUCAGCUCCACCUCUGUCCCCUUCUGAUGCUUCGUGGCUCCUCAACGACACCCAUAUGAGCAGCAAUAGCAAGCAGUUUGACUUUGGGGACACGACCAGUUCAGCUGAUCUAUUACCGUUAGGCCUGUCCUUCGAUACCCCGAGCCCAGCACCUCUCCGUUCCCCCAAAACAACAGCCCAAGAAUUCCAACCCAAGGAGCACAAAGAUGCCAAAUCAAGCCAAAAUCAAUCCAAGAAGUCACUGUCUUCAUCAUCUUCAUCAUCUGUAAAGAGCCCAACCUACCCAGAAGCUACGAGGCUCUCUCUCCAGGCAUCUCCUAUCGCCACCCCCUCCUCCCCACCGUCACUCACCCCCCUCGGAAUUCCGGGAUCUGGUCUUAAUCCUGCAGCUAAGCCUUUUUUUCCCAGCUUUGCUGAUCCUCUGGAAGAACCAGCUGUGAUCCAUCAGGUCGUCCCCGACACGGAAGUUAAAUCUGACAAGAAGGAAGAGAAGCUGGAAGGUGACAUGAAGAAGGCGGAGCCAGCCGACUCCUUGGAUAAACCUGAGCAGAAGAGUGUAAAGGUUGAAUAUGCAAGCAGUGAAGCUCCAGCCAAGGAGGAGAAAGAGAAAUGUGAGGAAGAAAGUGUUAAAGAAGAGAAACAAACUGAUAACAUGGAGACAGAGAAACCAGAAGAAAAGGUGGACGUAAAGAAGGAGAUGGAGAAAGUGGAGUCAGUUCAGAAGAACGAAGAAAAAGAGGAAAAAACUCAACAGGCAGAAGAAUCUCCUGUAAAUAUGGAUAAAACAGAGAAGGUAGAAGUUGAGAUGAUAAACAAAGUAGUUGAGAAAGCAGAGAAUGUGGAAAAGAUGGAGAAUAAUGAAAUGUCCAAAGAGGGAGGAAGAGCAGAGAACAAAAGCCCCGAGAAAGUAGAGAAACCAGAGAUAAAGGAUGUCAAAGAGCAGCACAUCGACAACCUGGAAAAAAGCCCAGAGACUCCUGUCGAGCUUGAUACCAGCUAUGACGUGAUGGAGAAGAAGGCUGACACAGAGAUGAAGGUGACAGCAGAGGUGGACGACGCCAAGACAGAAAAGGCUGACGCAGAAGAAGAAGUAAAUAAGACGAAGAUGGAGGAUGAGGCAGGUAAGCCUGAGGAGCCUGCCAAAAAAGCCGCACAGAAGACUGAACAGGUGGUGAAGCUGGACAAAAAGACAGUGGAAAAGAAAGACAACAAGGAGAAGGUUGGAGCAGAGAAGACCAAGAAGCCUGCGAAGCCUGUAGCCAAUGGAAGCAGCACCACACCGAGCAGAGAGCGCGUGGACAAGAAGAAGCCUGCUGUAGGGGUCACCAAACCAGGUGCUGCCGCCAAAAUGCAGCCGACCGCCACGGCCAACAGUGUUUCCGCCGUGGCUGCUGCUAGGCGCCCUGCACCCUCUGCCACCAGCACCUCAGAUAAAAAACCUACCACACCCAAGACAUCCUCCACAACUGCUGCUGCUGGGCCCAAAAGGCCCCCUGCCAGUUCCACCACCAGCCGCCCAUUAUCCUCCACCACGACCGCUUUAAGAAAUGGUAAACCCAAGACUACCACAGAGAAGCGCCCCCUGGUACCAAAAGCCAGUACUGCAGCCUCCAAUCAAAUCGGUCCCAUUGCUGCCACCAAAGAUGGGACUGCUACCACAGCAGCCAGUAAAACUACUGCACGAACAGCUACAUCUGCUCGCACAACUACCACUACUGUAGCCAAAAGGCCAUCAGCAUCUGAAACAGACGGCAAGCAAGGAGAAGAGAAGAAGCCCAGCACUCGGAAGACCUCCACAGCUGACUCUUCCAAGCCCAAAACCACCACCACCACCACACGCAGCACUGUUCCCAUCACUGCUGCUUCCCGCACUCGCACCACAGCAGCCAAACCAGCCACCUCCUCCUCCACCACAGGCACAGUACCAGAGAAGAAGCCCCUGGUGCCCCGUCCCUCACGACCCACCACUGCAGCCACGGCUAGCCUCGCAGGGUCCUCCUCGAGGUCCACAGCUCGUCCCAACACAGCGCCGGCCCUCGACACCCACAACAUCCGCUCUAAGAUCGGCUCCACGGACAACACGAAGCACCAUCCUGGAGGGGGGAAGGUGUCAUCUGCCUCUCAGAACAGGGGCAUGGCCUCCAAAGAAGGCAGCCAGGCCAAAGUUCAGGUAGUCUCCAAAAAGUUGGACUUCAGCCACGUCACCUCACGCUUGGGCUCCAAGGACAAUAUGAAGCAUGUUCCUGGUGGAGGGAAAGUGCAGAUUCUGAACAAAAAGGUGGAUGUGAGUAAGGUGACGUCAAAGUGCGGCUCCAAGGACAACAUCAAACACAAGCCUGGUGGAGGAACCGCAAAGAUCGAGUCCCACAAAAUAAACUUUAGGGAACAGGCUCAGUCCAAAGUGGGCUCCGUGGACAAUGUGAGACAGUCACCUGGUGGAGGAAAUAUCAAGGCUGAGGGGGCCCAGGAGACAACCGAAGGAAGUGGGACUCACCUGAGUGACGGCCCUGAGCCGGGACAGGCCAGGAGUCCCGUUGCCCAUGAAAAUGGGCUGAAGGAUGGGGCUCCCAGUGAUGGCGAAGGCCCUCGAGAGCCCCAGGCUCUGGAUUCACGCAUCCCAGAAACAAGCAUCUAAUUCUGCUAUCCCUCUACCCUCCACAUUCCAACUUCCCCUCAACGUCACUGCCUCCCUCCACACCUUUCUCUCUUCUGUCAUUUUUACCUUUAACCCCCCUUCUCUCCCCUCCCCACCUCUGUGCUGCAGAUUGAGUCUUUUAAGCUCAACUUCCGCGAGAAUCCUCGCUCUCGCACGGACCACGGCACUGACAUCAUCUCCCGGCCAGUCUCCAAAGAGCACAGCAACAGACCCCGCUUACAUGGUUCCUUCAACUUCCUACACCAAAACUACCACCCGCCUCCUCACUUCAGCUCCCUCAUAAGUAUGUGGCUUCGUCAGCUCCACCUCCUCCUUGCUGGAUCUUCAGGUGGAGGUCCAGGGGGACAGCAGCAGCAGCUCUGUCACGGGAUCCUGACCCCAUCAAAACUCAUUAUUUCUGAAAUCUUUGUUCUCUGUUGUUCAUUGUCACCUUUCUGAUCAUCACCCUGCUGUAUUAGGCUGAGUGUUCAGACUGUGGUGGGGUCUGGGUGGCUCGUUAAGGAAAACGAGGAGACUUUUCAUCUUCUCCCAGCCAGCUGACCUUCACUUCUUCUCUGCUGGACUCUCAGCCUGGUAGUAGGCCUUCUCUGAUCCCAAUGCAUCUGUCAGCUGAUCACGUGAACACCCUGUGAUUUCACCCCUCGCUUCUGUAACUUUAAGCUCAACUUCGUGAAAAUCCUCGCUCUCCCCUAAAGCUCAUAAAGCUUUAGAUGCCAAUAACCCAGUAACCAUAGUAACGUAGUGUUCAUCUCACCGUCUUUUACCAUGAAAACAAGCUGAGAAACAAAACAGACGUCAAAAAGGAUGUUUGAACCAUUUAGGCUGUUUAACUCUUUAUUCUCUGUGUUUGUGUUGAGUGGUAAAACCGUUGUGUAAAAAUGUGUGUUGGUGUUUUUUUCUUAAUCUUUUUUUCCUUUGUGUCCCUUGAUGAUAAUAAGUUGUGUUUAUAAUAUUAUUCUUGCUAUAAAAGCAAUACACACUCAGAAAAGCUCAGAAACGCACAGGUUUUUAUAAACGAAGACACCGUAAGGAGGAAGCUGAAAUGAUGAGGAGGUUUCGGUCGGAUGGAUUAUAUAGAAGUGCUGCAGUAGAUGUUAAAAGGAAAGAAGGACGAUGAGGAGGAUGUCGUUCAGAAUCUGUCUCAUACUGUUCAUCACAGUAAAUGAGGGUGAAGCAAUCUCACAUCUUUAAAAAAUAAAUUAGAAAAAACCCAGCGGUGACAGCUGGAAACCACUCGGCCCUGGUGUUGGUAGGAAGCUGUAAAUCAAACCAUUGUUUUUUAUCAUGACUGUGGUCUCGUUUCAAGGAUCUGAGCAUGUCAUGUGCGAUGACGUGUGUUUGUUUUGGCCGUUCGCUAAAGCCUGUAAAACAUCUGCAGUAGUACGCAUUUGGUGCUCGGAGUAUCGACAGUGGGGUGUUAUGUGACCUUAGUCUGUGCCUCCUCUUGCCUUUAUAAUGCAUGGUUAGAAAUUACAAACCCGGGCUCAGAGCUGGAUGUUGACACGUUUCAAUGACUCAAAGUUAUGUCGCAUCAGAGAAGCUGAAUGCAGGUUGACAGCUGUAGUGUCAUGAUUUUAUCCAUAAACUUCCUAUAAUACUGAUUCCAUGUCUUUGGCAUUGAUUUUUUACUUUAAAUAUCCAACUGUCUUUUCAGCUGAUUAUCAACUUGUUAGUGGUCACAGUUGCUAUAGCAGUGAUGGUUGCUCAGUAUCUGCUUUGUUAGAAAGUCAAAGGUUUCAUCCAGUGUAAGUUCAGGUUUCCAUCCACAGCCCACAAGGACGAGUCCACGGUUUGGUGGACUGAUGCUGCGUUUGGAAACCAGUUUUAUAUGAGCAGUUAACUAAAAUAGCUCCAACUAUAAAAACCAAAAGUAAGAGGUUUGGCUAGUGCAGCUCAGAGGAGCUUUUGGGGAAAAAAUAUCACUUUUUAUUUAUUUGUUUUAUUCUCUUUUUUUAUUUUAAUUUUUUCUUUCGCUAAGUUUAGGUGUGAAACUGGUGCUGUGGGAGAACAGUCAACAGAAUGAAGUAUGGACAGUUUUCCAAAUAUAUAUAUAAGCAUAUAUAUGCUUAUAUUUAUAACACAACUAGUAAAAACAAUCACUCAGCUUCAUCAAAUGCAUAAAAAAUGAUGUCAAACUAUAAAAACAUCUGACAUUUUCUAUUCAAAUUGCUGCUUUACUUUUGAUUUGUAAAAAUUUUUAUAAAAAACGAAUUUGCACCUUAACAGCUGAAUAUAUUAGAGGGCUGAUCUAACUGAGGGGUGAUAUCUAACUGCAGAAUAAUCUUUAAAACCUUCCCUUCUUCUCUGCUGUUUAGUUACUUAGAUUCUUUUGGUUGACAUGAUAAUUGAGUAUUUAGCAUAUUUUUCUCUGAACUUUUACUUCUCUCUGUUUUUGAGCUUGCACAUUGAUGUUAUUGGAUCAGAAAGACUGAUGUGCAUUUUAUUGCCCUGAAAUUCAAGAACAAAACGUGCAGAAAAGAAAGAAUGUCUUUUAAUUUGUACUAAACAUGCAGAACUUUUGUAUUUGUAUUUAUCUUUUUGCUCCUGUAGCCUUGUGCAGGCUGUGCUUUCGUGGAGGCUGCACAGCCAGUUUUACAUAAUAGAGCCGCGAUUUGCUGCAGUAUUUAAAUGUCAACAAGACUCUUAGAAAUGAUUUGAAAUCUUCUGAAGAAAAGGAAUAUGAACUUUUGGUUUUUGGAAGUGCUGUAAUUGCGAAAUGUGGACAGAACAGAAUUUGUAGUGCACAUGUGACAUGAUGACGCUCAGUCUUAAGAGAUGUAAAGGAUGCUCUGAGCUGGGAAACCUCUGCAGGGGGUCGCGUAACGAAAGCAGAAUGAAAUAAAUGUAAUUUUUGCCUUUUUGGGAGAAC